UAGUAGUACCCCUGUAGAAAAGGCGAUCCUAGUGAAUGUGGCUAGAAAAGGACUCUCAAAACGAUACCGGGAGUAUGUACUUGGAUGUGUGUAUGCCAUGUACUGUACAAACUGCUCCAGCGUUAUCGUACGGAUUGGUCAGUUGGAAGGGAGACUUGACCACGGUCAGAUCUUCAAUGCCUUCAAUCUUGGAAAGGCAUUCUGGGAAAGAAAUAGAAAAGAGCCCUAAUUGACCCCAGACGCCACUACCGGAAUCAUCAUGGCGCAUCAUUACUGGCGACGUGCGGGUCAUGUGCCCGUCAUGAUUGUACUCCAGAUCAUCUUUAUCAUUUUAUUUGCCAUUUUUGUAAUUUACAACCCCAAGAAUGCGCAAUAUGGCAAGCACACCAACGCCAAUGGACGAGAAAUUAUGAAAGACUAUCCACUGUUCCAGGAUGUCCAUGUGAUGAUCUUCGUGGGAUUUGGUUUCCUCAUGACGUUCUUGAAAAAGUAUGGCUUGAGUGCCGUGUCAUUGAACAUGAUGUGCGCCGUGAUCUCACUUCAAUGGGCCACUUUGGUCAUUGGAUUCUUUCAUAUGCACUAUGAUGCUGAUGUCUUGAUUGAAGAUGGUGAGGAGAUCCAAUUGGUGGAUGGCAUUAAUACCACGGUCACCAAGUAUAGGCAUGAGUACAUCGAAUACCCUCAUGGCUAUAUCUACUUGGAUCUAAAGGAAAGUAUGUUGUUCAGUGAUUUUGCCGCAGCAGCGGUUUUAAUCUCCUUUGGUGCCGUGAUUGGAACCACCUCCCCGCUGCAACUCAUCGUCAUGACCCUCAUCGAAAUCGUUUUAUUCGUCGUCAACGAGGUGAUUGGCCGUCAGUACUUGGGCGCCAUUGACGCUGGAGAUUCCAUCUUCGUUCACACCUUUGGGGCAUAUUUUGGUUUGGCUGUCUCCAGGAUGUUGUACUCCAAGCAUGCGGUCCAAAACAAUAAGCAGGGCUCGGCGUACACCUCCGAUCUAUUCUCUAUGGUGGGUACCAUCUUUUUGUGGAUGUUCUGGCCGAGCUUCAACGGAGCUGCUGCCCUCUAUGGCGAAGCCCAACAUCGAGCCAUCUUGAAUACGUACUUCUCGCUUUGUGCCUCAGUCACGUCGGCCUUUGCCUUCUCGGCCUUGCUUAAUGAGCACAACAAGUUCGUUAUGGAACACAUUCAAAACGCCACCUUGGCUGGUGGAGUGGCUAUUGGUGCUGUGGCCGAUUUGUUUAUCCAGCCCUAUGGAGCCUUGGUGGUUGGAUCUGUUGCUGGAUUUGUUUCCGUCCUUGGAUUUGAAUAUCUGACGCCUUUUCUGGAGCGUAAGUUCAAGAUCCAUGACACGUGUGGCGUACACAACUUGCACGGAAUGCCCGGAAUCAUUGGAACCCUUUUAAGUAUCUUGUUAGCUGGUAUUGCCACCACCGAUGUCUAUGGACGAGGAUUGACUGAAGUCUACCCAGCUUUGGCUGUUCAAGAGGAUCAUGGACAUGUUACCGUACCCAUUAACCAGACUAUGCAAGCUCUCAAUCAAUUGUGGGCGGGCCUAAUCACCAUAGCUUUCGCCAUAACUGGAGGCAUAGUCACAGGUUUCAUCUUGAACCUAAUCGGUCGUUGGCAAGCUAUGGAUGAUAUGAACCGUCCGGGAUCCACGGUCGUCAAAUUGGCCUUGAACGUAGGCAACGCCUUCACUCAACAAUUGGGAAUCCGCGAGGCCUUGCCUCGAGACGCUUACUUUGAUGACAACCUGUUCUUCGAGGUUCACAACGACGAAAAGACCAUGAUCGUGACUCAACAUGAUGGCCACAAGGCUGAAUACAAUCACACCCAUCAAGCCAAGCGAAUGCACUCGAUCGAUAUGAACAUGUAUUCCAACCCGGGUUCUCGUCGAGUGUCCUUGGCUCCAAGUACUAACUCCAGAGAUUAAAGUGGAAUGAAUUAUUGAAUGCGAUUUGGAAAAACAAAAAUAUGAACAUGAAGCAGGUGAAAUAA